AUGACUAUCGAAGACCAACUCACACCCUUCGGGAAACCCAUGUUAAAGCAUUGGCUAUUCGACCCCUCCUACAAAAACCUUAACCAUGGCUCUUUCGGAGCUCACCCGGUCCAAGUCCGCGAUACACAACGUGCUCUUUCCGCCAUUGCAGAUAAGCGACCAGACCCCUACAUCCGGGUCCACCAUCUAGAGCUCCUUAAAGAAGCGCGCGCAGAGAUUGCCGAACUUAUCAACGCCCCGCAAGACGAAUGCGUCUUCCUCAAAAAUGCCACAACGGGCGUCUGGACCGUCCUAUACAACCUAAAUCUUCAGGAAUCUGAAGCACUAAUCUAUUUCGGCCCUGUAUAUGGCGCCGUGGAAAUGGGCAUCGUGUCUCUGCAAGAACACUCCCCGUUCCAGGCCCGGAAGGUCCCUUUCGAGUUCCCUAUCUCCGUGGAUGAGCUGGAGAGCCGCUUCCGCGAAGCAGUUCGCAAGGCACGUGUCGACGGCCUCAAAGUGCGUGCUGCGGUCUUCGAUUCUGUCGUCAGUAACCCGGGUAUCCGGUUCCCGUUUGAGCGAUUCGUGGCUAUAUGCCGUGAAGAGGGCAUUCUGAGUAUCAUUGAUGGCGCGCACGGCGUUGGAAUGAUCCCCCUCGAUAUGAAGGAGCUACAGCCUGAUUUCUUCGUAUCCAACUGCCACAAAUGGCUCUAUACACCCCGUAGCGCAGCAGUGCUAUACGUCCCCAAGCGCAACCAGCACCUAAUUCGCACCACACUCCCCACAUCAUGGGGCUUCAUUGCCGCGCCCACCUCAACCGCGACCGUCGCCUCAGUCCUGCAAGACAAAAACGCACCCAAAACCAAAACCCCCUUCGAAGAACUCUUCGAAUUCGUCGCCACCAGCGACGACUCCGCCUACAUCUGCGUGCCCGCAGCGCUAAAAUUCCGCCGCGAAGUCUGUGGCGGCGAGAAAGCCAUUAUGUCCUAUUGCACCAACUUGGCCAACGAGGCCGCUGACCUGAUCGCCGCCACGCUCGGUACAGAUGUCAUGCAGGAGCCGGACCUGAAGCCGGGCGAGAAGAGUCGUAUGCGCGACUGCUGUAUGGUCACGAUCCGCUUGCCGCUUCGGGUCGCGGGGGAUGGGGCUCAGGCCCAGGGAGGCUCGUGGGUGACGCUUACGCCGGAGGAAGCGCCGCUUAGGGCUUCGUUUAUCGAGCAGACUUUGAUGAAGAAGUUUGAUACUUUUGUACCUGUCUUUCGGCAUGGGCCUUGGCUUUGGACUCGUGUUAGUGGACAGGUGUUUUUGGAGAUUGGGGAUUUUGAGUGGCUGGCGGGUGUUCUGCGCAAUUUGUGCGAGGAGGUUGUGGAGGUUUCGCGCAAGAAUAGGACAAGUAAUAUUUGA